CCGGGCCGGUCUCCUCCCCUCCCUGGUCCUUCUUCGGAAGUAGACUUAAGUCUACCUCCCCGUCGUUUUAUUUUUCCUAUUUAUAUUUUAUAGGGACACUUUGCACAAUGGGAGCGACAAUGGACGACUGAACGGGAACCGAGUUGCGGGUGUUGAUUCUGCCCCUUUUCUCUCCCCUUGAAUCAGCGGACCGGAUGAAAUCCGCUGCUUUUCUCCGCUUCGCAGGGGAGGUUACUGUAUCCAGUGGGGAGGUAGGCUCAACCCAGGGAGGACGGGAUGAAAUGUGCCGAACCCUGGGGACCCCAGAGACUGUCUUUUCUUCUAGAAAGGGCAGUCUCUAGGGAAGCCGAGACGUGGAGGGUCUACAUGCCAAAGAAGCCCUCCUCACAGGAUACAGACAUCUCCCCGGCCCAGCGGGAUGAGGCUGUGCGCUGGUUGACGGAGCUCCACAGGAGGCUGCAGCUGUACCCAGAGACCCUGGUGUUGGCUGUCAGCAUUCUCGACCGCUUCCUCGCUCCCAUUAAGGCCCGUCCAAAGUACCUGCGCUGCAUAGCCGUCACUUGCUUCUUCCUGGCUGCCAAGACCUGUGAAGAGGAUGAGUGUGUGCCCUCUCUAAAGGAGCUGGCUGGUGCCAGCAACUGCGGCUGUUCUCCAUCAGAGAUUCUGAGGAUGGAGAGGGUCGUCUUGGAUAAACUGAAGUGGGAUCUGCACACCACCACAGCACUGGACUUCCUGCACAUUUUUCACGCCAUGGUCUUUUCACGUCGCUCUGGGCUUUUGGACACCAGGUUGGGAGUUAACCUAUCGCAGCACCUCGCCUUGCUCACUCGACGACUGUACCAGUGUCUGGCUGACCACACACUCAUGCUGCUGAAAGGAUCCAUGCUGGCCUUGACCCUCAUCACCUUGGAGCUGGGGACGUGCUGUCCUGACUGGCUGGCUUUGACCAUUGACCUGCUGAGGAACGUACAGAUUGACUGCUUUGAGUUGGUUCGCAGCCAAGAGCUCGUGGCAAGCAGCUUGUCUGCUAAAAAAUCCCUGCCUGCAAACAGGGUGUACAUCUACCAGCCUGUGCAGUGUUGCGGCCCUCUGCAGCCUCCAGCCCAGGACGCCUCUCUACCCGGCUGCACACUGGGCACCAUCACCUCCUCUACCGAGUCUUCAAGGGACCACGUUCUCACCACCACCACCACCACCACCACCACCACCACGACUGCCUGGCCACAAACAGCAGCUGGAGAGAAGCAGUGGCGCUCUGCUUCCUGCUCCUCAGACGGCAAAACCCCAACUCUCCCCUCUGCAACCAAGCACCUCUGCCAUCGGGACCCGCUGAUCUUCACAUUGCGCUGCAAGGCUUCGGCCAAACGCAAGGUGGAGCAGAUGGACGUCGAUGACUUUUACGACGGUAUCAAGCGGCUCUACAACGAAGACGCCACCAACACCACCGCCAUCCCAGAGGGAGCCAUUCCCACCGCGGGCGUCAUAGCAACAUCAGCAGCAGGAGGAGGAGGCGCAGCGGGCCGUGUUAUAUGCAAUCUCAGAUCGUCCCCGGAGGACGGCUCCAGCCCCUGCCCGCCUCUGCAGCCAGUCAGUGCCACCUAGAGACCGCCGGGAAGCAGGUUACCAGGACCAGUUCAACACCAGAUUACUCCUCACAAGUCUGAUCCAAUAAUGUGCUUUUUUUUGUUAUGUUUUUUCCCCCUGCAGCUGUCAAAAAUAGCUAAAAAAAAUAAAAAAAUGAAAAUGGAUAAAAACAUUUUGUUUGCUUAACACAUAUAAAACAUUGAGAAAUCAUUUGAAAAAAAAAAAAUUAGUUAAUUAAACGAAAGUUAGAAAUGUCUACUCUGUCCCCCGCUGACCUGUUGUGGAAAACCCUUUUGUCUUUGUUGUUUUGAUCUUUAAACUCCAUUCCUUCAUUUCCUAUAUCCAUGUUUUUAUUUUGUCCUCUUUGCCCUUUCCUGUUACUCUUUGGUUUAUAUUUAUAACUUGGUCAGCAAGAGGCUAAAUCAUCCAUGAAAUGUCUUUUUAGAGACAGUAAUCUGUGUUUGGCCAUGUAAGAAAGAGAAUGGUAAUGUAAACAUAAUUUAAAUCUGUUACUCCUUCCUAAUGGCUGUUUUAUUCUUUCACAAUUAUGAUAAAGGCUCAGCUCAAAGUUGUCUUUUAUCUGGUUAACCAAAUUAUAAAGACCCAAAGAAGCUGCGGUUUGAAGUUUUUUCAUUUCUAAGAUUACCUUGCAACGUUAAGUGUAUUUACAGACGGUGUUUGACUUCCUAUAGCCUGUUUCCUCCCACCGGUUCAACGUACCACCAACCCCCAAAUGUAAUAGCCUUUCUAAACUCAAAUCAUUCAGGAGAUAAGUGACGAUCCUCACUUCUGUUUGGAGGUGCGUUGUCCUGACGUUCUGUUGUACCCCUUUUCUCCACGGUUGUUCAGGUCUCUGCACACGCUGUAGCUCCUCUAAAUAAAGAGUGUAGAGUGUGAAAUCCA